AUUGGGUAUAAAUAUACAAAAGUUCAGUGAAACCUCUGGUGACUCUUUGGAUGAGGCUCCACUGAAAAGCGCAGGAAAUGCAACGUCAAUCGAGGGCUGCCAAAGUGACAACGAAAGCGGCCAAGAAAGCAAACAUUGGAAUAAUGUUGGACAAGACUUGCGAAAAACCUCAACCACCACAGAGGAACUGACACCUGAGCCAAAUGUCACCACAUUCCACGACAAAGCGGACAGGGCUUCAACGGACUCACUUAGGACCGAAACAGACUCAGAGGAUCCAAAAGAGGACCAUAUAAACUCCACAACUGGUGGUAUGACACGUUGCUUUGGAGCAGAGGAUCCGAGGGCAACAGAACACUUCCAGCCUUUAACCGUGGAAACGGACCAAAGUGCUCACAUCACAGGCCUAGGACGCAGCAGUUUUUCACACUGCUAUUCUUAUCCACCGGAUUGGACAAGAUAUAUUCUCAACCCCUUGGGUGUCGCUCACCGUCUCCUACACAAUGCCCAAGUCAACAUGCAGGGAGAAACUUUAUCCAGUGUAGCAGCAACAGCAAUGGGGCACAUGCUGAUGGCUGUGUCAUCUGGCGGAGUGUGCUCCAUGGGCACGGCUGGUAUCCCAGUAUCUUCUGUACAAAGAGUGUCAGGAACGUCAGGAUUACCCUUGAACUUUCAGCAGCAUGCUAUGGCAUCGCAGGGCCUCACGGUUUCUCCUUUUGGUGCUAUUUUCCCCUAUCCCUACUCCCAUUUGGCCACAACGGCUGCUCUCUCCACCACAGCAUCAACCCCAGUGCAUCGCCGCUCAGUAACCCCAGUGCAUCGCCGCCCAGUGCGCCCUCCUACCCGGUUCAGGCCAUACUUAAUUUCCAAUAGAGUAGGCCUACCAGACAACUGUUCGACGCCCCCGACAUCUAUUCGCCUUAUGACGGAUAGAGACGUGAAUUGUCACACUAUUGCAAAUAGUCCGAUUGCUGCUCCAUUGCACUGUAUGCCUAUGUCAGAGGUAAACAGCGUUUCCUCGCUACAGAGUUCUGGUGCGUCAGCGGCAAAACGUGUAUCCAGCAAGGAUUGCAUGGAUCAGCUUCAAUGUAUACAACAGUUGGUCAGAGGUAUUGACUCCUAUCAAGACAGAGACUCAUAUUCCUAGGUCAUAAAUCUAACAAACUGAUUACAAUUUAGAUUUUUUUUUCAUAGCCUGAUGAAUGAAGAUUGGGAUGUUUGCUAUCAUACCAAACGUCAUUUUAACAUUUCUAAUGCGGAAUGUAUGCAUAAUAGAUAACAUUGUUUGCGUCUGUGAAUUAUGGUUGCGCUUGUGUGUUGAUGAUACUGUAAUUUGUUCACUAAUGGCACUGAAGUUUAUUUGCAAUAAAUCCCUAAUGUUUUUAUAUAUCACUUAGCCAUGCAACGAACCGCUAUAAACCACUGUAUUUUACAACCAAAGCACGUGUGUAGUUCAAAUAUGAUUUAUUUCGUGAUCUUGACACAAUAGUUAAUAAGGACGUUUUGAAAAUUCGUUUUAAAUAACCAUUCUAUGGAGGAAUGUUUUUGCUGACUUGUUUGUUAAACAUUGAAAAGUCAAUGGCGUUGCUUCGGUCAGUUAAUCAAUAUCAUUUGCAGUUUCAUUAAACAACAUAACCAUUUCAUGUCGUGGUGUGUGUUUUGUCCUCUUUAAAAAAAUGUUUUUUUAAAUCUUUAAUC